AUGAACAGGGCUCCGACAAUACAAUUCUUGACCUCACCGGCGUCGAGAAAGCGCCGGCACGACGAGAUCUCAGACAGCGAAUCACCCAGGCCCACGCCAGACGAUCCCAACUCCGCCGGCAAUAGCCAGUCAUCAGUUCCACAGCUUCCUCCACUUCCGACCAUCAGACGCCCUAGAGACGGAUACGAUGAUAGAAGACCGAUCAUGUCUACAGGGCUUCCCCCUCCACCUCCUUCAUACAUGCCACGCCGGCCGCAACGAAAUGUCAUUGAUUUGACGCAAGAAGAUCACAGUGUUCUGAGACCGCCCCAUACUGCCGAAGGCCGACCCCCGGAACGCAGCCAGACGGGAGCCACCCGGCCUCCGCGUUUUGGUCGGGAUAUCAUGGCAGAUGUGGUAGAUUUAGAACAAGGACCAACGACCAGCAUCCAGCAGUCGAGCCCUGACGUUCAAUGGCUUGGUUCUAUCUCACGAGAAGCUGGAUCUAGAUCGGUGAAUCCUGCCGCAAUCUUUCCUCAAUACGACGGUCCAUCUCAGCCCAUGUUAUCCGAUGAUGCACGAUUUCUCCCGUCAUCCGAUUCCAGGCCCCGACAACCUCCUACACACCGCCCGCUACCUAACCCCCUUCCCAGUGAAGUUGCAUGGAGGGCAAGGGAUUUAUUCGGCGCUUUUCACCACGCCAUGAGGCCAUUCUGGAUUGGCGAGAGGCCCAGCCAAGGAAUAGAUCUUACACAUUUGGAUGUCACUUUUGUUGGUUUGGAUCGUUUUGAACCACAGCGCACGCCAGCUUCUCCAAAGUACGAAGCACCCCCGGCACCUUCGAAGGGGUUCACAAGGACCGUGGGUAAAGACGACGUUAUUGUAUGCCCAAAUUGUGACCACGAGCUUGGAUCUGGAGACGAACCACUUCGAAGGCAGAUCUGGGUGGCAAGACCAUGCGGACAUGUAUACUGCGGCCUCUGUGCCACCAAUCGAGCGGUUUCUCGGGGCAAAAAGGCCACACCUGUGAAAACCAAGCCUUUUGCGAAAUGUGUUGUUGUUGGCUGUGGAAAGCCAGUGAGCUCGCCCAAAACUAUGAUCCAGGUCUAUUUAUAA